UUGUCAUUGUCAUAGUAUGAAAUUCUGAAAAAAUAAAUUUCUACACGUGAAGAUGGUUUUACAGCGAAUAAUCAAGCCGAAGAACCAGAGGGUGAAGAGGGUCCUUGAGAAGAGACAGCCCCAGGUGCAUGAGAAUACAAAGCAGGCAAUGUUCAUUAGGGGAGGACACACCAGUGAGACUGUAACAGAAGCUCUUAAAGACUUAUACAGUUUAAAGAAGACAGAUUCAACAAUGCUACAAAAAAAAAAUAUCCUGAGACCAUUUGAGGAUAUGACCAGUCUAGAAUUCUUCUCCAGUAAAAAUGAUGCAUCACUGUUUAUGUUCGGUUCUCAUCAAAAGAAACGACCAAAUAAUUUAGUCUUGGGUCGGUUCUUUGACCAUCACUUACUAGACAUGGUAGAACUUGGAAUUGACAAGUUCAAGUCUAUGGCACAAUUCAAGUGUGACAAAUGUGCCACAGGGACUAAACCAUGUCUGUUGUUCUCUGGAGAGGCAUUUGACACUGACCAUGAAUACAAAAGACUGAAGAACAUGCUUAUAGAUUUCUUUCGAGGACCUACUGUUGAAAACAUCCGUUUAGCAGGACUUGAACAUGUUUUGAAUUUCACAGUGGCAGAUGGGAAACUCUACAUACGCAGUUAUAGAAUCCUCUUGAAAAAAUCUGGAAGUAGGACUCCCCGAAUUGAACUGGAGGAGAUGGGACCUUCUCUUGAUCUGACCAUGAGACGUACUAAACUGGCCUCUGCUGACCUCUAUAAGACCGCCAGAAAACAGCCCAAGACAGCAAAGCCUAAAAAGAGGAAGAAUAUUUCCAAAGAUGUGUUUGGCACCAGACUUGGUAGAAUUCAUAUGGAGAAACAGGACAUGACUAAAUUACAAACCAGAAAAAUGAAAGGACUAAAAAGAAAACCUAUCGCAGCAGAAGAUGACUCUGAAACGGGGAAGAAAUCAAAAACUUCUGAGCCAUCUGAUGAAAACUAAGGCAUUAUUGGUAAAUUCAAGGAAUAUCUGUGGAUAAAGUGUUAUUGUGGUUACACUUUGAAAUAUAUAGAUUGAAAGUAUUGCAUCUUAUACCUAUAUAUGGUACAAGGAAUGUAUGUGGGAUUUUAGACUAAAGCAUUCAAUCUAACUGCCCUGAACAUUUUGGAAUUCAUCAGUUUUGGAAAGAAUGUCUAAUCAAUGCAAUGAACUGUACCCGCAUAUCCCAGUUUACAUGUUUAACCAUGUUUCAAUAUGAGCACCAACUUUCAAAUUCCACUGAGAUUCCAUUCCCUCAUAUGUAGUUCAUACAAUUCUGACUUAGAACUGAGAAAUGCAG